AUAUCGACGAGUGCCCCAGCAGUUGUGCCCAUUUUUGCCAGAACACCCUUGGAAGUUAUAACUGUUAUUGUCGAUCUUGUUAUGAUAAAGUUGGCUUUUUCGGAUGUGAGCUGAAUAAAUGUAAAAUAUCAGAUACAUGCUACGAGUACAAUGUUGUCAAUCCAAGCAAUCAAUGUCAGGAAUGUAAUCGUCAAUAUAAAAGAAAAUGGACGAACAAUAACAACCUUCCUUGUAAUGACAACAGCCAUGGAACUAGAAAUGAUCGUUGUAAGGAAGGUGUGUGCUCUGGUGAACAAUUCACGUGUUUGUCAUGCGAAUAUCAACAAGAUGGGACAUGUAAAGUAAAGAGUGGAUUUUGUGUUAUAAACAUUAAUGGCAGCAAUACCUGUGUUUCUGCAAACAUGGAAAAUCCGAGCAAUCCGUGUCAGUUAUGUGAUCCCGGUUCAAGUAAGUCUGUUUGGAGUAGUAAAAAUAAUGGGGUAUCUUGUGACGAUGGUGAUGAAUGCUCAAGAAGAGACGUGCAGGAAUGGAUCGUGUCACGGAGAAUCUUUCAGAUGUAACUUGGAUUGUCAAUCAUGUAAUGGUGAAAACUGCACUCUACAUUCUGGUUAUGGUUUCAGUGAAAAUGAAUGCAAAUGCAACAUAAUGGGUCAAAACUAUGACCAUCAUCAGCUAAAUCCGACUAACGAAUGCAAAUGGUGUAACAUAUACGACAAGGCAACAAAACUUACUUCUUCUUGGUCUAAUCGUCCUGCAGUACCUUGCAAUGAUAAUGAUUCUUGUACAGAAAGAGACCUUUGUAAAGAUGGUUUUUGCAAGGGAAUGAAAUACAGUUGUAACUCGUCAUAUCCAUCGUCUAGUUGUAUUCAACGAUCAGUGUGUGAUGGAAAUGGAACGUGUCAGCAUUUAGCGCGUGCCAACGGAACUGUAUGUCGUUCGGCUGUUGAUUAUUGCGACUUAUCUGAAAGGUGUAAUGGCAAGUAUCUUACAUGUCCAUCACAAUCUAAAACACAAAUAGAAAUUAUUAAUGGUCAAGUGCAAAUCACUGAUUCCAAUUGGAUAAAAUCAGUGAACUUUCAAUCAAGAACUGACAGAUUGUACCUUCAGACAAGAAAUUUUUCUGCAUCUUGUGGUAUUCUUAAAAUCAAAUGGUCCAUAAUAAAAAGCAACAAACUAUGCAGCCUAAGCGAAGUCAAACGAGUGUUUGUCGGGAAUCCUGUUAACCACGUGAUAACUGGUUUAAACAUGACUUCAGAUGAAACGUACAAAAUUGUUGUUCAGGCUUACGAUGUGCGCCAAAACCGCGCCACUCCAGUGUGCAGUAACGAGGUUACUAUUGACACCAGCCGACCAACGAGAGGAUCGAUCUAUGAUGGAUUAGGCCUCAACGAUCUUCAAUAUCAACACAGUUCAGUUCUGAGCGCAAAAUGGGGAGGGUUUACCACAACGUACGGCAUACAAAAAUACGAGAUCAGCAUUUCAUAUUACCCAUUUUUAUCUAGCCACAAGUUACUGCUACUUAGCUUUCGGAACGUUCAUUUAAAUGCUUCGUUCAGUAAAAUUUCACAGGAAUUGCGGAUGGUAGCAAUGUCACAUUUAAAGUUCGAGCUUUUACAAAAGCCGGAUUGUAUACGGAAGGAGAAAGCAACGGUGUUGUUGGUAGGCGUGCAACGUAAAAAUGGAGGCUUUGUUUCAAAUGGUUUGAUUGAUGUUGGUUUGAAAAACCAAACUUCACCAGACCGUCUGGUACUUUCAUCAGGAGAAGUGUACUGCGCUGUUGUAGAAGGAGAGAAUGCAGCCGGUUUAAAAAGAAAAGCAUUAUCCAAUUGUGUUCUUAUCGACCAAGACCCUCCACGCUAUGGUACAGUGAAUGACGGUGCGACAAAUGAUAUUGACUACCAGUCAAGUUCAAGACGAUAUCAUGCAAAUUGGAAUGGAUUUGAUGACCGUACAUAUGGAAGUGAAGUAUUUUUCACAGUUCGGGCCGUGGAUAGGGCUGGAAAUUAUAGAAACGUAAAAUCGAAUGGUGUGAUAGUCGAUACAUCUCAUCCUGUUCAUAAUGGUAAAAUCAUGGUGUCAGGAAGAACUGUCCAAAAGGAUGGCAAGAAUAUAACAUAUGUACAAAAUACUGGAGAUAUAUCUGCUUCAUGGCCUCCUUUCAUUGAUGAGCACAGUGGUAUGUAUAAAUACCAGUGGGCAAUCGCAGAGAAGGACCAGCAAGUAAAUACAUGGGAAGAUGUGCCAGGGAAAAGACUUAAGACUACCGCAGAUUUCCGAAGUCUUGUGUUAAAAAAUAACACCAAAUACACGCUCUAUAUCCGUGGUAUUAACAACGCAGGUCUUUAUUCGCAACUAAAAUCGCUGACUAUAAUACCCAUCCCCGAUGGAGGUGGACAAGGAAAGGUCUUGGACGGCCGGGACCCAUCAAAAGACAUUGACUUUCUUACGAACUCAUCGGAAGUCUAUGCUACCUGGAGUGGUUUUGAAACUGAGUCUGUUAAGGUCCGUGCGUAUUUCUUUGCGGUUGGCAGCUGCACUGUAGGAGACUAUCACGUGACUGACAAUCAGUUUAUACCAGUUAAGCCAGCAACUGCAACAUCUUUUGGAAUACAUAAUUCCAAUUUAAUAAACGGUCAGCGGUAUUGUGUGAAGGUGAAAAGUGAAAAUUUAGCAGGCUCUGAAAGUCCAAUAGCGUCAUCUGAUGGAUAUUUGGUGGACAUCACUUCACCUGAAAUUCAUGAUGCUGUUGUGCUUGAUGGCAUGGGAAGCGACGAUAUUGACUUUCAAUCCAAUAGAACGAAGUUUUCCGCAACGUGGCAAGGAUUUCAAGAUUUCGAAUCGGAAAUAAAACACUAUGAAGUGGCCUACAGUCGUGUGAGAGAUGCUUACGAAAAUAAUCUUAAAACAAACUUUCUUUUUGUUGGCCGAAAUAUAUCACAUACGUUUAAUGGAUUGGAUCUCGUUAACCACGACGUUUAUUUUUUCCUUGUUUGCGCUGUGAACAACGCUGGCCUAAAGUCGUGUUUGUCUUCAGAUGGAGUAUUCAUUGAUAUAACACCACCAUCAUACGGGUAUGUUCAUGACGGUAUACUUGAACCGGAUGUAAAAUACCAAGCGUCUACUGAAACAUUUAGCGCCAAUUGGGAACGAAUAUGGGAUUUAGAAAGCCGUGUUGAUAAAUUUCAAUGGGGCAUUAAAAAAUGGGGCUGAACUGAUUCGAGAUUUUAUUGAUGUCGGCCUUCAAACGCACGUGACGUCAAAUACAGUUUUGAAUCUCGAGCAUGGAGCAAACUACACAGUUGUGUUACGUGUGUUCAACAGAGCUGGACAUGUCCAAGAAAUUUCUUCUGAUGGAGUUGUUAUUGAUACAACCCUCCACUCCCAAGUGAAAUAGUACCCACUCAAGCCUUUUUUACAUGGAGCUUUUCAUCUGAAACGAGUGCAUACUAUUCUACCAACGCAUCAGCGCUUUUUGUACAGUGGAAAACCUUUGAAGAGCACGAAAGUGAAAUGUGGUAUUACAAGUGGGCGAUUGGAACGACAAAAUUUGGUACGCAAAUUCAGCCCCUGAUCAAUAUUGGUUUUGCAACCAGUGCUAACACUUCCGAAAGCCAGAUUUUUCUUCAAUCUGGUGUAAAAUACUUUGUGUCUGUAGUGGGACGAAAUAGGGCAGAUCUCGUUUCCGGAAACUGUUCCUUUCCUUUCAUUAUCGAUAAUACUCCACCCACUUUAGGAAGAAUUACGGUGAAGACAAGUC